AGCCUUCCGACACAAAACUUCUACUCAUUGCUCACAGCUUUUUCGAUAUUUCUACAGACUAAAAAGAGCAACAGGGCCCGUGCCGCGGAUGGCUUACUUGCUCAGUCAACUGCGCUAGGCUACUUUUCGCAAGUUCUCAACCUCCUCCGCGAACGCUACCCGACUUCUCUAUCCGACUCGAAACUCGAUGAUUUGUGUGCACUUGUGGAGCACCUAGUCAUGCACGCCGAUAUUGCUGGUGGACUCAAGAAUGUUCAUGAUGAAGCUCUAUUAACGAUGAUGUGGCACACAUUCGGCCGUGCUAUUGACACUUGCUUCGCUCGGAAGCAACAGUUGACGGCCGCAGCAUCAGGGGAGCUCUUCUUGAAUAUUGCGCGGAUUAAGACCUCAGUAGUUCAAGGUGUUUCGAUAUACAACUCCCCCGAGCGAUGGCAGCAAUGCAUGCUGCAUGCGUUUGGGAUGCUCUUUGUGUGCUACGACCAGCCUUCCGAAUAUUUAUUUCCUUUGGUGCCCCGAUUUGCUGAUCCGGAUCUACCUGGAGGUCGCACGUACUCGCAGGAGGAAGCUCCAUCUCUCAAGAAAGAGCGCAAACGACCUAGCGUGGCUAGCUAUAUUUCAGAGGUUAUCCGCGAUACCGUAAACAAGAUGUCCCCUGCCGCAGCUCAGGCAGCGACGCCCAACAUGACGAGCCACUCUCUGCGGCGCGGUGCAGCGGCGUAUGCCAACGCGUGCCCCAAACUUGCCGUUCAGUGGAUAUCUACGAGGGGUGCGUGGCUGCUGGAGUCGCUGACGAAGGCCUUUGCCUAC